AUGGAGAUGUUUCUGUUUGUUUUCUUCAUAUUAGAAAAACCCAAGAAAGGAAGGAAAGGGAAAAGAGUUUCUGCUUUUUUUAAGAGAGUGUGGAAGGCUGCAAAGCGCCCUCUCCUGUGCUGUGAUACAGAUAUAGUCCAGCAUCUUACGCCACAGCCUGAGCCCGAGCUCAAACCAGAGUCAGAGCCAGAGGUGGAGGAUGAAGCAGACCCUGAGGCAGUGUCUGUUGAAGUUAUGCCUGAAAUCGCAGAACCAGCUGACCCUGAGUCAGUAUGUCUGCCAGGCCAGGUUCCUGAGGAGCCUAAAGAGGCUUCUGGGCUCACUCGUGGAUUUGAUCUGUCUAAUUUUGAAGUAGAACACAUGAUUGGAGAAGGAGCUUUUGGACAGGUGUAUGUGGCAUCUCACAAACUUAGUAAAAGUGAAAAGGUUGCCCUGAAGUUUAUCAAGAAGCGUGAACAGGACCGUUAUUUCUACAUUGAUGGUCAUUCCACACCUGUGCUUGCAGAAGUGGCAAUCAUGCUUAGGCUGAUGAAUGCUCCGCAAUGUCCAAACAUCAUCGGAUUACAUGACUGGGUUGAGAAUAAGAACAACUUCAUUCUCAGUCUGGAGUUUGCAGAGUCAUGCCAGACCUUGGAUCAGUACAUCACAGAUACAUUUGACAUAAAUGAAAACCAAGCACGCCGGUUAUUACGUCAAUUGAUUCGAGCUGUAAAGUUCUGUGUUAAGCGUGGAGUUUUCCAUGGUGAUAUACACACAGAGAACAUCCUGGUGACUAAACCCCAAUUAGAGCUCAAAUUGAUUGACUUUGGUUGUGCUUGGCCAGUUACCCGCAAGCCUUUAAAUAGCAGUCAAUAUCGAGGAGCUAUUUUAUGCACGCCACCUGAGGUUUUCCGGCAUCGCAUAUUCCAUGCUAACCCGGUAAACGUCUGGACAAUAGGCAUCGUGCUGUAUGAAAUUUUGCAUGGAGAUUUGCCCUUUCAUGACAAACAGUCAAUAAUGUUUGGAUCCAUUGAGACACACCCCAGGUUAUCUACAGCAUGCCAGGACCUGUUUUCCCAGUGUUUCAUCCGUUGUCCACUUAAACGGCUACAGUUACAUCAGUUAGAAAAGCACCAAUGGUUCAAUCCAACGAUCCCAAAUCCUGUGCAGCAGCUAGACAAGAGGAGGUAG